AAAUUUCAGAUUCUUAGAUUAUUCGCGAUUCGGCCGUGGAAGAUUCGAGAACGAUUCACAAACAUCCAAAUUCCGAUUACUGAAAUAUGCCAAGUAAAGCGGAAGUACAACACACUCAGCGCGCCGCGCGGUCUUAGGGACGCAAUGAGGAACACAACGAGAGUAGCUAAACAUCAUGCUUCUCAACUCACGGCUCUAGCUCAACUCAUGCCACGAGAUAAAAAAACACAACAACAUACCUGACUGCUACCGAAAAGCUGCUACAAAGUACAUCCACAUAAUGUUACGGUAGAUAUCAUUUAUAUAGGACUAGAUGCAAUAUAAAUUCGGUAGCGUUAGCAGCACAUCUACAAAAAGCUAGAUGCGGGCGUUAGUAAACUGCCGCCAUCUUAAAGCAGUACACUUCUCUGCAAGGCUGUUGUAGCGAACCUUCCAAGCGAACCUAAUUAACUUUUUAUCUAAAAUACUCCUAAAUCGGUAAAAUAUUGACUUGAAUCUAUCUUUAAAAUAGUUUUAAAACUUUCACAUGUCGAAAGUAGGCAAAAGGGAAAUUAUGGAAUAACGGGAGCAAUUUUAACAACUUUAACGGUUGAUUCACAACAUUAAAUUAAUUGAAUGUAGUUUAAAGCUGCUGAUACAGAAUGUGGACUGGAGUUUUUUAUUUACUGUUAUUUUUGUAUAUUUGUUUACUGUUAUAUGUUAACUUGAUACUGAAAUAGUAGUUUGGUUUAGCCUGAGAGUAUUUUUGAACAAUUUUGGAACUAAUGUACAAAACAUUAAAAAAAAAAAAAAAAAUAAAUAAAAUUAAAUUUAAAAAAAAGGAAGGGGGUGCAUCAAUAAUCGUUUUAUAAUCGAAUUGGAGCCUCUGAAUCGUAAUCGUAAUCGAAUCGUUAGGUGCCCAAAGAUUCCCAGCUCUACUUCUUACGGAGCCACUCUUUAGUUGCCUUGGCUGUGUGAUUUGGGUCGUUGUCAUGCUGGAAGACCCAGCCACGACCCAUCUUCAGGGCUCUCACUGAAGGAAGGAGGUUGUCAGCCAAGAUCUGGCGAUACAUAGUCCCAUCCAUCCUCCCCUCAAUACGGUGCAGUCGUCCUGUACCCUUGGCAGAGAAGCAGCCCCAAAAAAUGAUGUUUCCUCCUCCAUGUUUCACGGUUGGGAUGGUGUUCUUGGGGUUGUACUCAUCCUUCUUUUUCCUCCAAACACGACAAGCCGAGUUUAGACCAAAAAGUUCCAUUUUGGUCUCAUCCGACCACAUGACCUUCUCCCAUUGCUCCUCUGGAUCAUCCAGAUGGUCAGUGGCAAACUUCAGACGUGUCUGGAAAUGCACUGGCUUCAGCAGCGGGACCUUGCGUGCGCUGUAGGAUUUUAAUCCAUGACGGCGUAAUGUGUUUCCGAUGGUUUUCUUCGAGACUGUGGUUCCAGCUCUCUUCAGGUCAUUGACCAAGUCCUGCCGUGUAGUUCUGGGCUGAUCCCUCACCUUCCUCAUGAUCAGUGAUGCCCCACGAGGUGAGAUCUUGCAUGGAUCCCCAGAACGAGGCAGAUUGACCGUCAACUUGAACUUCUUUCAUUUUCUAAUAAUCGCUCCAACAGUAUUUACCUUCUCACCAAGCUGCUUGCUUAUUUUCCUGUAGCCCAUCCCAGCCUUGUGCAGGUCUAUUAUUUUAUCCCUGAUGUCCUUACACAGCUCUUUUGGCCAUUGUGGAGAGGUUGGAGUUUGUUUGUUUGAGCAUGUGAACAGGUGUCUUUUAUAGAGGUAACAAGUUCAAAAAGGUGCAUUUACUGUACUUCCGGUAAUGAGUGGAGAACAGGAGGGGUUCUUAAAAAAGAACUAAGAGCCGAAAUAUUUACUAGUUGCUAAUGUAUCAAAUACUUAUUUCAUGCAGUUAAAUCCAGAUUUAUUAUUUAAAAAUUAUACAAUGUGAUUUUCUGGAUUUUUGUAUUAGAUUCCGUCCCUCUCAGUUGAAGAGAACUUAUGAUAUAAAUUACAGACCUCUACAUGGCUUGCAAGUGGGAAAACCAGCAAAAUUGGCAAUGUAUCAAAUACUUGUUCUCCCCACUGUACAUACAUUCAAUCAAAGUUUUUAUUUCAAAUGCAAUGUGUUUUUUACAGUGCCAAAAACCUUACAAACAUCCAAAUUCCAAUUAUUUAAUAAUACAAGGUAAAGCGGAACUAAAACACAGUCAGCGCGGUCUUCGGGACGCAAUGAGGAAGGGACCGAAAGUAAAUAUCAUCUUCAACUCAUGCCGCUCGAUUUAAAAAAAAAAAAAAAAAAAAAAAAUCAAUAAUACAUGACUGCGGCCAACAGCCGCUACAAACAACGCCCAGUUGCUAGUUGCUACAAACAUACGGCCGCAUAAUGCUACGGUAGAUAUCACAUAUAUAUCGAACUAGAUGCAUAAUGACAGACGACGGUGGCGUUAGAACAUGUAUGGAGAACUUGAUGCGAAACGACAGACUUGCCAGCAUUAGUAAACAGCCGCCAUCUUAAAGCAGUAGACUUCUCUAGAAGGCUAUGUUGUAGCAAACCUAAUUAACGUUUUAUCUAAAAUACUCCGAAAUCGGCAAAAUCUUGACUUGAAUCUAUCUUUAAAUGAUGAAACAGUUUUAAAACCUUUACAUGUCGAAAGUAGACAGAAGAGAAUAUUGGAAUAACGGGAGCAAUUUUAACAAUUUUAACGGUUGAUUCACAACAUUAAAUUAAUUGAAUGUAGUUUAAAGCUGCUGAUACAGAAUGGGUUGAUUAUUUUAGUUCCUGUGAACUGUUAACUUGAUACUGAAAUAGUAGUAGUUUGGUUUAGCCUGAGAGAAUUUUCGAACAAUUUUGGAAGUAAUGUACGAAACAUUAAAAGCGAGGGGGCAUCAAUAAUAGAUUUAUAAUUGAAUCGUAGCCUCUGAAUCGUAAUCAUAAUCGAAUCGUUGGGUGCCCAAAGAUUCCCACUUCUACUCAUUACAUUGUAAUAGUGUUAUCCAUUCACCCAUACAGCUUAUACUAAAUUUAGUGGGGCUGGCAGCGAAUGAUCACUUCUAAUUCAAAUGGAUUGGAUAUUUAUCACAGUCAAUGGCCAACGAAUUAAAAACGAGGCUACCUGUCACCCAAUUUUGACCACAAAAAAAAAAAAAAAACUGAUUGUGAUUUGUAUUACUAUGUUGCGAUUCGAUUUGAAUUUUUACAUUUCACAUUUUCAAAUGAAAAAAAGCAGGAAUCUGAAUGAAAUUAGUCAUUACUCUACAACAGUCUUUCAUAAAUUCUGUUGACAAACAUGAGAAUAUGUGACUGAGUCGCCGCUAUGGCAUGUCGCACAUUGCACAGGGCUACACCACAGAUUCUCAGGUACUACAUAAUACAGUGUACACAUAGGAAUACAAAUUGUAUAACCUUUGCCCGACUCUGACUACAUGAUUUCAAACCGAUUUUAGCCCUUCAGACAUGUCAUGGAGAAUCGUUGACUGUUGUGGCCUACAUUUUGAAGUAGGUGCGGGCUGUACGUAGGUCACGUCGUCUCGUGCCGUGUGACAUAUCCACCGACUGCUGAUCUGGAGUCUCUGAUGCCUCAUGACCAUGUCUGGUCUUCCUACUAUUUGUUGAUGAAAAUUGACCAAUAGUGUCCAAUUGGUGUUUUUAAUUUUUAAUAAAUACUUUUUAUAAACGUAGUGAGUGUUUCAAUUGCCAUUCCUAAUCAUCAGUUUCAACAUCAGCCUUUGAAAGUCCGAUAUCGGUCAGCCUCUAGUAUGUAGCAAAUGCUAAACAACAUAAUUUUUAAUGGUACAAAUAUUGUAUUGCUAACAGCGUUUAUUACACCUUGGCCUUGGUUAUUGUUGACUGUGUUUGUGUGAGAACGUGUUUACCAACUCCUUAUAUAAUAAUUUGCCCGCGUCUCAUCUGGCCUUGUGCAAUGUGCUAAGAGCCACAAAUGAAAAGAAUAGCAUUGAAAUAUGGCCUCCAUGUGAGUUGGAGUGAUCCAAGGGUGUCGUUUAUUGAUCUCUUGAUCUCUAAUGAAAGUUGAUGUUAUUUUUUUGGUGGGGUAGAGCCUUGCUUGACUUUAAUGUACUAAAUGUUGUAUUAAGCUACUUUAUAUAUCAAUUUUUUAAAGCAGUGAAAACGUGAUCACUCCCACAAAAGGCAGGAAAUGUAGAAUUAUUUUACUUUGUUUACCAUAUGACAAUGAGCCUCAUAGUCACGAAGUUGAUUUCUCUGAUUCCUAACAUUGUCAAAAUUAGGUUUGGUAAUCUUUGGCAUUAAACCAAUUUGGUAUGUAUCUCGAAAGAGAGUUGCGGUUCGAGGAGAAAAUGAUAUCUUUAAAGCCAUAACAGUUCAAUUUCAAUUACAAUCACAGACGAAAAUAUUGGCACCCCUUAAUUUUUUCGGAAAAUACACAAUUUCUCCCAGAAAUUGAUCAAAUUUGUCAAUGUGUUUAUUUAUUUGAUGUGCAUUGGAAAAACACAAAAAACGUGAAUGGAAAAAAGCCAAAAUUGACAGUUUUUCACAAAAUUCAAAUAAUGGGCUGGACAAAAAAGUUGCACACCCUUUGGAAGAAAUAACUGAAAGCAAUGGCUUCCUAUACGCAUCAACAAGUCUGUUUCACCUCUCAGAUGGAAUUUUGGCGCACUCUUCUUUUUGCAAACUGCUCCAGGUUCCCAGUUCAAAUGUAUUGGACGUCAGUGGUGAUAAACUCAAUUCAAUUCAAAGCAGAAGGAUGACAAUAGCUUGUUUUUCUGUUUCAUUCAAAAGUAAAAUAUUGUUGAAUUAUUUUCUGACCCUUGUAUUGAUAAUUGAUGUAUCAGCAUAUUGUGAGAUAAUAGUUAUCGUGAGGCUUGUAUGGCAAAUCAUAUCGUGAGGUACCCACAGGUUUCCACCCCUAGUUCCUACUGUUAAACAUGGUUGGACUUGAAUGAUGUUUUGGGGAUGUGCCUUGACAUGUGUACAAGGAGUUACGAAAUCUGGAGACUUUCUGAUUCUGUUGAAUAAUUAUAGAAUGGUGUUUUGCCAUCCGUCUUUUUUUUUUCUUUCUUUUUUUUCUUUGGCAGACUUAAUUCACACUGUUUGGUAAUGAAAACAAUGGCAAUAUGCCCACUCUUGAUGUAACAUGGUUAUAAAACCCCUUAGACGCUUGAGGGAGAAUUUUAUGCUGGCAAGUCUGACUGUGGCUUAAAGGAUUUGAUCUACUUGUAGCAACAAUGGUCUUGUGGUCUCAAAUGUGCCUGCUGGUCUCUGCGGGAGGGCAAAGGCCUGGGAAUGUCAGGUGGUCCACUUCGACUAACCUAUAUGGAGGGUGUAAAGUUACGUCCAGGACCGCCGAGACUGUGAGAAAGGUGUCUAAGCAUUCUUAGCGCACGUAUUUGUGACCAGGAACGUGCUGUGCAUUGGCUGCUGUUACUGUGAGAAAAAAGUGGAAGAACAUUUAAAGGUUGAGCAUCCUUGUGACAAUGAUCUAAAUGUGAGUGUCUCUCCCACUGCUUUUCAUUCUCCAUUUGAUGAAUAUGUUUGCACGGCUCCACAUGGGGGCCCACCUGCUGUCCAAGUUGGCAUCAUCCCAACAAAUUGCAGCCUUUUGGCUUUCGACCACUCUGUAUUAUCAUGUCAUUUGAGAUUAAAAUGGGUUAAAUCCAGUACUUUGGUGACAAAAGGUUUCACCACAUGUUAUUGUUUGGACUUAAUUGUAACUUGUAUAUUAUAGUUUUUUACUGUUCCUUACCCAUUCUGUACUUUUUGUUUUCCUCCUACAGUACAUUUUAGGGAUGUCCCCGAUCCGAUCAUGUAUCAGAAAUUGGGCCUAUCGGGCCAUUUUUCAAAGGAUCUGAAUCAGUCCCCUCUCUUGCCCCCCACACAGAUGCUCCCAGCCGUGCAGAUUGACGGGAGUGAUGGGAUGUGUCAACUAGCAGAUAAAUCAUCCCUGGAUGAUGUAAUUGAACGAAAGGACUCAUCUGCUGUGUUCACACCGGAGCGAGACAAAGGCGACGAAGCGGACGAGUGGGGAGACGGCAUUACAAGCAUGGGCGUGGGCAAGAACACUACCACCAAACCUAUGGACAGCGGUAGCGAGGGAGGCAAAUAUGAAGAGGAGAACAAACAUGGAGCAGACUUCUACCCCAUUCCGGUGGUGGUGAAUGGAGUGGGAGGAGCCAAUGGGGACCAGGAUACAGAGAACACUGAGUUGAUGGCCAUCUACACAAAGGAUGUCCAAGGAGCGGAAAAGAGCUCAAUUUCAGAGACUUUGGACAGCUCAGACAGCACUGAUCCAAGGAGGAUGGACAUGAUCUAUAUCAUAGAAGACACGCCGCCUUGGUACCUUUGUGUGUUUUUGGGCCUACAGCACUAUUUGACAUGUUUCAGUGGAACCAUAGCGGUGCCAUUCCUCCUUGCUGAAGCAAUGUGUGUUGGCUUCGACCAGUGGGCUACGAGCCAGCUCAUAGGGACCAUCUUCUUUUGUGUUGGGAUUACAACCCUCUUACAAACUACGCUGGGCUGCCGGUUGCCGUUGUUCCAGGCCAGCGCGUUUGCCUUCCUUGCCCCAGCCAGAGCCAUUCUGUCACUGGACAAGUGGAAGUGCAACAACACAGAUAUACUAGAGACAAACAGCACCGAAAUUCUUCACACAGAACACAUCUGGCAUCCUAGGAUACGAGAAAUCCAAGGGGCAAUAAUCGUGUCAUCACUGGUGGAGGUGUGUAUCGGAGCGCUGGGUCUACCUGGGCUCCUCUUAAAGUAUAUUGGACCUCUGACCAUCACCCCCACUGUUGCCCUCAUCGGCCUGUCCGGUUUCCAGGCGGCAGGGGAGAGGGCGGGAAAACACUGGGGCAUUGCUAUGCUCACUAUUUUCCUGGUGCUACUCUUUUCCCAGUAUGCCCGAAAUGUGCACUUCCCGUUGCCGGUCUACAAAGCUAAGAAAGGCUGGACAUCCUACAGGCUGCAGGUGUUCAAAAUGUUCCCAAUCAUCAUGGCCAUCCUUGUGUCAUGGUUCCUAUGCUUCAUCUUCACGGUGACUGAUGUUUUUCCGCCCGAAAAGGGCAAAUAUGGCUUUUACGCCCGCACGGAUGCCCGCCAAGGAAUCUUAUCGGCUGCACCCUGGUUCAAGAUUCCUUAUCCAUUCCAGUGGGGUGUUCCAAGUGUAACGGCUGCAGGCGUGAUCGGCAUGAUGAGCGCCGUUGUAGCCAGCAUCAUUGAGUCUAUCGGCGAUUAUUACGCCUGCGCUCGUCUGUCGUGCGCACCUCCUCCUCCCAUCCACGCCAUCAAUAGGGGCAUAUUUGUCGAGGGCAUCUCCUGUGUGCUGGAUGGUCUUUUUGGCACAGGAAAUGGUUCCACCUCCUCCAGUCCAAACAUUGGCGUUCUGGGAAUAACAAAGGUUGGCAGUAGGCGUGUGAUCCAGUACGGAGCCGCUAUGAUGCUGCUGCUGGGCCUCGUGGGUAAAUUUAGUGCCCUCUUCGCUUCCCUGCCAGACCCUGUGUUGGGGGCUCUCUUCUGCACCUUGUUUGGCAUGAUCACCGCGGUGGGGCUGUCCAACCUACAGUUCGUCGACCUCAACUCUUCCAGGAACCUCUUUGUUCUAGGUUUCUCCAUCUUCUUUGGCCUGAUGCUGCCCAGCUACCUCAAAAAGAACCCGUUAGUUACAGGCAUUGUUGAGAUUGACCAAGUGUUAAACGUGCUCCUCACCACUGCCAUGUUUGUGGGAGGUUCAGUUGCAUUUAUUUUGGACAACACUAUUCCAGGUUCUCCUGAGGAGCGAGGCAUCAGGAAGCUAAAGCGUGGCACGGGUCCCAGUGCCGCUGAGCUGGAGGGGAUGCGAUCCUAUGACCUUCCCUUCGGAAUGGAUUUCAUUCGCAGACACUCUGUCUUUAAGUACCUCCCUAUCAGCCCCACCUUUGCUGGGUACCAGUGGGGGGCGCUGCGGGAAACCUGCAGAAGCAGGGCCGGCGAACACAAGGAUGCAAGUGAGGGAGGAGCUACCCACAGCGAGAGUCUGGCGUAGCUGUUAUUGCAUCGUGUGAAUUUGGGGAGCAAACUGAGAGGGGGGGGGGAAUGCAAGGGACGGCCAGGAUUGGGAAGCGUGCGGAUGACACGUGAAGCACCGACUUCUGUCUAUUGUUUUCUCCCUACCUACUAUGCUAUUUUUAAGCAUGCCGUUACACGGCGCCUGCUGGGUGUGUUUGCAUGUGUACUCGGUUUGCACAUGGAUGUAAUGGCCUCGUGCAUUCAUUUACACUGUCACUUUAAUCCUCGCAAUUUUGUCACACUAAAUUUGCCCAUUCAAAAUUAUGCAAAAAAAAAAAAAAAAAAAAAAAGGAACAGAAGAAAAGAGCACAUAUGCAACCAGCUACACACACAUGGAUUCACACCAGCAUCCCAACCAAAACUGGCUUAGCCAUACAGCAUUUGGAUGCUUAACUGGUCUGUCCAAAUAGCUGUCAGCUGCCCUCGACCCGGGCACAGCAAUUGUGGUAAUUUUUGCUCAUUCAUUGUCUGCUCCGUUAGUUGCGAAUGUCACUCCGAUUUUGUGAAAACACACACAGGAAAGUCAGCCCAUGUCCUGCUAAACAAACCUCAGUUCAGCACUCGCUGAAUUGCACGAUCUAAGUGUUUACAUAUCAAUGUUUGUCAGUAUUAGCCACAACUACCCUAACAUUUACAUGAACACAACCUCAUUGGCUGUCUUCGAAUACUGUAAAAAGGGAUCGUUUGGCAACAGUUCUGUUACUCCUAAUGAUUCUUCCUGAAGACAUCUUCACUACCGCUACUCAUAUUUGCUCAUGUAAAGGUGUAGACAAGAAGUAACUAAUGGUAAAUAUUCCAGUCAUAUUUUCUGGUAGGUGUGAUGAAAGACCCCAGCGGCUUUUUGCAAACCAAAUGUUAAAAUAACAAAACAACACAACAGUUAUUUUCCAUGGAGCUUCUUUUCGAGUCUGUUAUUGACCUUAACGUAGAUUUUAAACGGUGCUCGGUUGUUUGGCCAUUGACGGCCUGUUAACUUUUUCUCACCACUCUACCUCUCGGCCAGGCCGGUUUCCUGGUCCAUUACCAUUCGACACAGUCGUCUGGUGGCUGGUGGAAUACUGUCAAAUUGUAAUGUGACAACUAAAUAAUUGUCCUCAUGGCCUGAAAAGAAUAUACAGUAGUCUUUUUAAAGCGUGACAUACAGUAAAUAUGGCGGCAUCAUUUUGCAUCACCACAGCGCGAUUUGCGUCGAAAUAGUUUUUAAUAUUACAUUAUGCUGCAAAUUAUUUUCAUAGGCUGUAUAUUAUAAAUGUAACAUAAAACUAAACCAUAUAGAACCAACAUGCCAUUUCACUUGGCGUUCCCUAUAUUGUUCAAAUCAACAAACCCCCUUUAUUAAGUGCAAGCUCAAAGAUAAUCAGCCUGUGAACAAAUCUGCGUAGCGUAAGUGAAGGUAACUCUAGCAAGAGCCAGGAAUCCCCAUGCGUUCAACUGCCGUCUUCUUCCUGAAGCAACUCCGCACAGUGCCUCGUGGCCUUAUGCGAAACAUGUUGUAAACACUGAUCCUGCAAGUGUCUGUUCGUCAUUGUUUCCUCCGUUACUGGUUUACCGGCUCCUAUACACACACUGUUCAGCUUUCUUCUCAUUAAGGCGGGAAUUACUGUGGUUUGGAUUGGAUGUUAUGUCCCGUCGUCUAGAUCUUUAUGCAGAUGAUAGCAACGCAUUUGACCUUUCAAAAAGGGGUGCAUUUAAGCAAAUUAACUUUAAAAGCGAUAUUGAAUCCAGUUGAGAUAUUUUAUUGAAGAAACCAAAAGUUUGAUGCUUUACCAAAAAAAAAAAACCUGAGAAAAAUACAGAUGUUUCUAUUAAAAACUAUUGUAUUUUUUUUUGUUUUGUUUAAUCUUUCUAAGUCUUUUGUUUAAGUUAUUUGUGGAAAGAAAGUUGUUGUGCGAAGAUCUGUUGAAGCAGAACUUUGUGUGGCUUUUACAGUUCUGGAGUUCUAGUCAUGAUUCUUCCUGACUUAGGAUCUUGAUCACCAGAACACACCCUCAGCUUCUGCUAAAUUGAAAUUGUGCUUGUCCAUAUAAGGUGUCUGCUGCCAUUAUUGCCAUUAAGAAGAAAUAACCCUCGCCAGAUGUCAGCGCCUUUUAACGAUUUCUUUACAUUUCAAGGUGCCAAGAAUAUCUCAUUGACCUUAUAAUGUUUUUACAAUGGAAGACGGGCACAUGAACCACAUAACAUUACUGGGCCUUAACUCUUUCACUACCUGAAUGUUCGUGGCCAUUCAUGUGCAUGGAUUUUUGUUAAUAUGACUGAGAAUUGUUUAAGUUUCAUUUACAAUUAAAACAGUAAUUCCCAACUCAAUAUGUUGAAAUAAUCUGCAUCCAUUUAUUGGCAAAUGCAAUUUGGUCAUAUAUGAGCUUAGUCAAUUGAACAUAAUGCAAUUGCAAUCUUGAGUGAAUGAUCACUGCCAGCCUUUCCAGAUUGAAUGGUUUGGAUGCCUUAUGACUUCCAAUACCAAUUACAUGAAUUUAAAGCAGUUCUUCAGCACAAUGGUUGGGAAUCACUGCAUUAUAAUCAGAGGUAGGUAGUAAUGCGUUACAUUUAAUGUUUGAGAAAAUGUACUUCUAAGAGUAUUUUACCACGUCAUACUUGAGUAGAUAAGUGAAGAAGAAACGCUGCUUUUACUCCGCUGCUUUGGGCUACACUAUGUUCCUUACAUUUUUCCUCUUUAUUCUAUAUAUUAGGUAUUUUUGCCAGCACAGUGGCUUUACCAGUUUUAGCAAUGUGACGUUGCAACAAUAAUCACAUGACACCGUGAUACCAAUCAGAUGUAAGAAUACAGUCACAUGACCACACGCAAGCUUGCAGUUGGACGUUCUAUGAUCACACUGGCUUGUUAAUUCACGUGGAAUCUUUAAAGUAUUGAGUUAAACUACUUGACAUCGAGAUCUGCCGUCAACAUUACUCGAAAGCAGUUUUUAUUUGACACCAAUAGACCACGGAAAACUGAGGUUAGGAUCGUUUUUAUUUCAUGGUGGGAAUCUUUUCUCCAAUAGAGGGUACUCAUGUUUUUUGAGCAAGUGUAAAUUUUUCUAGUGGUGAUUCAGUGAUUUUUGUGUACUUGUUUGGCCUAAUGUAAUGGGCUUUACAGUAUACAGAAUAAUAAAAAGAUGAUAUAGAUGAAGUGCUGAAAAAAAAACUGCACCAUAGAUUGAAAAAAAAGUCAGUCAUUGUAAACGGUUACUCACCAUGUUACUCAUGACUUGAGUAUUCUUUUCACCGAAUACUUUUUUUACUUGUACUUGAGUUCAUUGUUUGGAUAACUACUUUUACUUGAGUAAUAUCAUUUUUGAAGGAGCGCUACUCUCACUUGAUUAGAAUUUAUGACUACCCACCUCUGAUUAUAAUAUAUUAGUACAGUAUGAUUUCAGUUUUUCCAAAAUGUCUCUACAUUUAUAUCGCAUAAUAAUUCAUAACUGGAGAUGCACACCAGUCAUUCGCACUCAACCAAAUGGAACUUAUGAUACGCACACAACUUCCUGCGCUGUCCCGCAGUGAGUGGAGUCCUCUUCUAUUUUGUGUACUGUUUGCAUCCCCAGAUAUUCUGACUCUCAACAUAGACACAAGAGAAAACAAAACUACUGUUCUCCUUCAUAUGAAUUGGCAAGAGCUGCCGUUGUCACGGAAACUGACUUCUUCACAGCUGGAUGUGCUUGAAUGCAACUUCAUGUAGAUUUGAGAGCAUCACGACCUGUACAAAAGUGGGCCUCUUUCCUUCCCUCAUCAUUGACAUGUUUACCGGUUCAGUGACAAAGCAGCAAGUUGUUCUUAAUAAGGUGGCCAGACGCACACAAGAAUAUCAGUCCCUUUCAGUUAUUAUGAAGGGGAUGCUACCUGUACAAUAAUAUUUUGGUGUACGUACUACCUGUUCUCUCUUUGACUGUUCUUGUUUUUUUUUUUUUUUAAUAAA